AUGAUGGAACAAUCUUCAUUAUCCGAAGUAGUAUUUGACCAUCGCAAUGAUUUAAGUGAUGCUAAGAGUGUUGAUUCAGCAUUUAGUAUUGAUAGCGUAGGUGGAACAACGCAGGAAGUAUUCGAACAUGAUUUAUCAUCAAUAACAGCAGAGAAAUUAUUUAAUGAAUUACAACGUGUAAAAGAAGAUCUUAAAUCUAAAGAUGAUGAAGUUCGUCGUGCAAAUGAAUUACGUGAAAAUACCGAUCAAGAAAUUCAAGAAUUGACAGCAUCAUUAUUUGAAUCAGCACAUGCAAUGGUUGAACAAGCUAAAUAUGCUCAAGCAAAUGCUGAACAAAAAUUACAUGUUUCAAAUCAAACAAUUGAUGCACUUAUACUUGAAAAUGUACAAUUGAAAAAAUCCGUUACUGAAUUAAAACAAAUUUUAAAUUCUUGUCGAAAAUCAUCUCCAGUAUCCAAUAAUCAUAAUAGUAUUGAUAACAUGCUACUACGAGAAUUUACAUGUUGGGAUGAGAAACCAUCUAUUGAAAGAGACGGAUCAUUAUUUAUGUAUAGAGUUUAUAAUGAAGAUAUAUUACCAUGUGUAACAUUUCCUAAUGCUGCCCUUUCAACGAGAGUUUUAGAAGCUAUCGAAAGAAAUGAUGUAGUUAUGGAAAAGUGUCAUUCAACAGAAACUAUGAAAAUGUGUUCAUUGAUGGGUGAAAUUUGUGAAUGUGAUUAUCGUGUUCGAUUAGAUGAAAAUAAUCAAUGGUAUCCAUUAUCACGUUUAGCUCGAAAUCGAAUUGCGUCUAUAUGUGAUUUUUUUACAUUUAUUCGUCAUGUGCAAUCUGGUCUUGUUAAAAGUGACACUCUGACUCGUUUUAAUAAAAUUAUUGAAUUACGAAAACAAAUGACAUUUGCACGUCUUGGAUUGUAA